CUGCUCACGUGUCCCAUCAUCUGCUUGCCCCUGCCCUGUCUCCAGGUGAAGCUCUACCAUCGAGCCAUGUCCUGCUGCAACCCGUGCGUGCCCUGCCAGCCCUGCGGCCCGACCCCGCUGGCCAACAGCUGCAAUGAGCCCUGUGUCAGGCAGUGCCAGAGCUCCACCGUCGUCAUUGAGCCUUCCCCCGUGGUGGUGACCCUGCCCGGCCCCAUCCUCAGCUCCUUCCCUCAGAACACUGUUGUGGGCUCCUCCACCUCUGCUGCCGUUGGCAGCAUCCUCAGCUCCGAGGGAGUGCCCAUCAACUCCGGGGGCUUUGACCUCUCCUGCAUCACCAACCGCUACUGCCGCAGACCCUGCUAA